AUGGAGAACCACGUGGGCGAGAGAACGGUGAACAUAUUCGGGAAGGUUUUCCCGAGGGACGCCUUCAUAUGUCGCCUCUAUUACCUCGCGUUCUUCGCCAGUUUCGGAAGUCUCUUCCCUCUUCUAGCCGUCUAUUUCAAGCAGUUGGGCAUGACCGCCGCACAGGCGGGCUUCUUGAUUGGGGCUCGACCGAUUGUCGAGUUCCUUUCCGGACCGUUCUGGAGUCAGUUCGCCAGUCGAUUCAGGUUGGUCACGUCAUACAAUGUAAUAUAAUAGUCGGUGGUGUCGUCACUUUUAUGACGCCUUCUCCCCCCAGAUCCAGUUGCAAACUGACCAAAAGUAUUCAGGAAACAAAAGCUUUUGCUGCUCUUCUCACUUGGCUCCCUGGUCGUGUUCACUUUAGCAGUCGGACUCGUCCAACCUGUCACCCCAUACUGCAUCGUUUAUGUGCCAGGCAAACCGAUUUUUUUGACUUUGAAAGAGAAUAAAGAACGAGAGUUCAGAAGGCAACAAGACAUGUCAAACAAUGCUGGCGCCGGCCGGAAAGGUAAUUCGCGGAGGAGCGUUGGGAAUGCUCAAGGAGACGUUGGUCGGAGGCUCCACGAGACCCGCCAGGCACCGGAGACAGACUCAGAGCCGUGAGUUUUAGAAUUCUGAAAAGUUUGUUUGAACAGUGUCUCAAGGGUACGCACGGCCCGACGUUUCAUACAUGCGACUAGCGGCUUUUCAAUUUAUCUCCAGAAAUCGAACAUAGAAAACUCUGCUUUUCAAAUGAGCCGAGAAAUGUAAGGUUUCUGUGGGAAGUAUCAGCUUCUCAAUUCCGGUCUGUAGUUCAUGUUCUCAUAAUCUAAAAGUUGUCUGGAACAAUACUGCUUCUGUGAGACACAUUCAUUCGAAGUUAGCCGUUUUGAACUGAAAGUUAGAACUAUUUUUUCACUUUCACUUGUUAGUAUUCUUAUAUUAUAUUUCAGCGAUCGUGGAAAAGAUAAUCGACCUGAGCUCGUUCGACAGUGAAGAGGACACGAUAGCCGGAAUAGCGCCAGAGUACAUCACCCGGGAUCGGGUACGUUUCUUCGUUGCCACCCUCUUCUUAACUCAAACUUGCUCAGGUGUGCAACUACAACGAGGACAACUACGGAAUCCUGGUUUCGCCGCCGCACUCGACCCGGGUCUACCGUCAGCCGGCCGUUGAGCAGGCGUUCAUGCUCCUGCUCAUCCUCAUCUGCCUCGGCGAAUUCUUCUCUUCGCCGGCUCUUCCGCUCGCCGACGCCGCCACUCUCAACGCGGUGCGCGACAAUCCGGCCGAGUUCGGAAAGAUUCGGUUGAUGGCGUCCGUCGGCUGGGGACUCGCUAUGUUCGUGAUGGGAGUGGGGUUGGAUUACUCGGACACGUUCCGGAAUCAUCCGUGCCCGGCGGAGAACACGACCGAGAAGAACUACACGCUCUGCUUUGUGAUGUGUACGAUCUUCCUGCUGGCUGCGAUGGGAUUGGCGACCAAGUUCAAGUUCGACGAUGACGUGCCUGCUCCUGGAGAAGUGCACGGAUUGGUGAUGGACACGAGAGAAGCAGAGGUGUCGCACGUGGUCGCCGAGAAGGCGAGGGCGAGGGUUACACAGGUGAGCAGCUGGAAUUUGGGAGAGAAUGAGCCAAAUGAUUCUUUUCAGUCGGAAGGCGGUGGCGACAACAGUCUGUGGCUGGCGCUGAAGGCAUUGGCCAGCAUGCACAUCCUGCUCUUCUUCGUCUCCGUCGUCGUGAUGGGCGGCGGCGCCGGCCUCGUUUUCAGCUUCCUCUACUGGCAUCUCCAGGACAUCGGCGGCUCUCCGGUUCUGUUCGGUAUCCUGUCCGUUGUAAAUCACGCCUCCGAGAUCAUUACCUACUUCUACGUCUUCAAGAUCAUCAACAAGGUAAGCCCCGUUUCUCCGUGGAGCGCACUUCCAUCUCCCCCUUCAUUUCAGUACGGCCACGUGCGCGUCAUGUACCUGUGUCUGGCCGUGAACGUAUUCCGUUUCCUGGCGCUCUCGGUGCUCGACAAUCCGUGGAUGGUGCUCCCGUUACAAGUGCUCCAGGGCGCGUGUCUGGCCACCGUCUGGUCGUGCGCCUCUUCCUACAUCUCGCUCGUCGCCCCGCCUCACGCCAAACAGCACGCCCAGUACGCUCUGCAAGUCGGAUAUCACGGCCUCGGAAAGGGAAUCGGAUCGAUCGUCGGCGGAUCCGUCAUUUCGGUUAUUGGUGAGUGGCCGAGGGGAAAUCAGGCGAAAACUAGGUCAUGUGCAUUCCAGGCUCUCGCUCCACAUUCGUUUUGUACGCUCUCAUUUGCCUGGUCACUUGUGCCGGAAGUUUCGGUCUGAAUAAGCUGUUCAAGUACGAGGGAAUCAAGUACGGAGCGGGCAACUUCGAAGAAGAGGACAUGGAAAUUAUGGGUGAGCAAGUGUGCCCCACUGAUAAACUCUUACCCGUUGUAUUUUAGCUCCACAAGGAGUGCCGAUGGCUCGAGACGGAAAGAUUACCGAUGCUUUCAAUUCCACGACAGUCGUGAACGCCAACUAUGGAGCUAUUGUCCAGGAGGAUCCCACUCAAGACGCCUACGACCGUUACGUGUCUGCAGGACGUGACUAA